AUCUGACAGGCAAAGUCGCGGAGCGGAGUUGUGCAGCGAAAGUAGGUCAGCGGCUCGGUGAAGCGAAAACACGACUGAAAACCUCUUUUCUUGAGCUUUCAGCCGGUGUUUGCUAACCUCGCGAAACACCGCGUUGUCGCAUGGUCCAAUGUGUUUGAUCGGUCGGCCAGUUUGGACGCAGUUUUCUUGUGUCGGUCCCGGUUGACGUUGACGGAUCGCUUUUCAUUAAUCAGCCCCGGGAGGCAAGAGCCAGCAUGAAACGGAUUCUCCCAGGAAAUGAGCUGGAGGAUGGAGGUGGCACCAGCACCGGGUGUCAGAAGACUCUUAAACGGUCCCGCAAGCAGCGGAGGGAAAAAGAUUCAGAGGAAGAGGAGGAGGGCGCUCACUGGGAGUGUCUCCCUCAGGAGAUCCUGCUCCACAUCUUCCAGUACCUGCCUCUGCUGGAUCGGGCUUACGCUUCUCAGGUGUGCCGAGGCUGGAACCAGGCUUUUCACAUGCCGGAGCUGUGGCGAUGCUUUGAGUUCGAGUUGAACCAGCCAGCCAGCUCCUACUUGAAGGCCACACACCCAGAACUCAUCAAACAGAUAAUCAAAAGGCACUCAAACCACCUCCAAUAUGUCAGCUUCAAGGUGGACAGCAGCAGAGAGUCUGCAGAAGCGGCGUGCGACAUCCUGUCUCAGCUCGUCAACUGCUCGCUGAAAACUUUGGGACUCAUCUCCACGGCCAGGCCCAGCUUCAUGGAGCUGCCUAAGUCUCACUUCAUCUCCGCGCUGACGGUGGUUUUCGUGAACUCCAAAUCCCUGUCCUCGCUGAAGAUUGAUGACACACCUGUGGAUGACCCCUCCCUCAAAGUCCUGGUGGCCAACAACAGCGACACCCUCAAGCUGCUGAAAAUGAGCAGCUGCCCCCAUGUUUCACCUGCAGGCAUCCUGUGUGUGGCCGACCAGUGCCACGGCCUGAGAGAACUGGCUCUCAACUACCACCUGCUGAGUGACGAACUCCUCAUUGCCCUCUCCUCUGAGAAGCACGUUCACCUCGAUCAUCUCCGCAUCGACGUGGUCAGCGAAAACCCCGGCCAGCACUUCCACACCAUCAAGAAGAGCAGCUGGGACGCCAUGGUGCGCCACUCCCCCAAAUUCAACCUGGUCAUGUACUUCUUCCUCUACGAGGACGAGUUCGGGCCUUUCUUCCGCGACGAGAUCCCCGUCACGCACCUGUACUUCGGCCGCUCCGUCAGCAAGGACGUGCUGGGCCGCGUCGGGCUCACCUGCCCCCGCCUGGUGGAGCUGGUGGUGUGCGCCAACGGGCUGCGGCCGCUGGACGAAGAGCUGAUCCGCAUCGCUCAGCGCUGCACGCAGCUGUCGGCCAUCGGCCUGGGGGAGUGCGAGGUGUCCUGCAGCGCGUUCGUGGAGUUCGUGAAGAUGUGCGGAGACAGACUGACACAGCUCUCCAUCAUGGAGGAGGUGCUGGUUCCAGAUCACCGCUACGGGCUGGACGACAUCCACUGGGAGGUGUCUAAGCAUCUGGGUCGCGUCUGGUUCCCAGACAUGAUGCCGACCUGGUAAAGCUGCUCGUCUUCGAAUUCCCUGAAUUCAUCCAGAAAUCACAUGAGGGUUUUGAUCGGAUCAAGCCGACACAUAACUUUGAUUUCACUCUAUCAUGUACAUAUUUUUAUAUUUGUCUGUACAUAUAUAUGUAUAUCAAUCAAUAGGUGACUCUUCAACAUUAUUUAGCACUUUGUUCUAGUAAGCCUGCUUUUAUGUGGUGUUUCACAAGUAUUUAGAAGUUACACUUUGCUUGAAGAGUCUAGAAUGAUCGGAGGGGGAGUAGAGGAUUUUUCAAUUUAUUUUACGUACACUGGUUGUAUGUCCCACAGCUUUUUAAGUUCCGUGUCAGCUUAUAAAUAUAUACUUUGCCUUAAGCUGGACGAGCAGAACAGCGCUUCAGAGAGAAAUUAUAACUUAACUUUAGAACGGUGUGUUUCACAGAUUGUUGACAUGGUGCUGGCUUCACGGUUCGAGUCGGGCAGUGUGUGAAUGAAGUACUUUGAUGUAUUAAAGGGGAUGAUCACCAAUAUAAGCUAAGGUUUAAUAAUAUUCACUUAAUAGCAGCAAAACGUUGAGCUUACUGUUUGCUUCUGAGACUUUACAACUGAAGUAAUAACCGGAUCUGACUGGGGAACGUUGCAGGUGGGCAGACACCCUGUGUGUGUGUGUGUGUAGACCGGGGGUGUUGAAGUCAUUUGUGUUGAGAAGCCAUUUAUAUCGCCUAGUUUUAUCUCAGCAGGGUCGAAGCAGCGGUAAGAUAGCAUGAAACCCGACAGAUAAUGACUGCUUUAACCCUUUCCUUUAGUUUUAAACA